AUGGCGUUUCGUUCGGCGCUCUUCCUGGUCGUGCAGUGUUUGGUGUUGCAAAGUGUAUAUACCGACGCGAUGGCCAGCGAAAUCAAUAGCACGGUCCAUAUUCGAGACUUCACCAACGAGAACCUAACCGCACCGGGAAGAUUUGCUUGGAACGAAAGUCUGAUGAUCGAUCCGAACGGAUUCAUUGGAAAGGCACCAUUGCUGAACAGUGGCGUGUGGAGUUGGAUCACGACCGUCUUCGGUAUGCCGAUCUUUAGCGUAUUUGCCUACCGGGCAGCGCCUCGCAACUGUCCACCCUGCUCUUGUGGUACGGGCACGAACAACUCAAAGAUUGUCGGAGGUCAUGAAGCUGAGAUCGGCCAUUAUCCGUGGAUGGCAGCACUUUAUUACAACAACCGGUUCAUCUGCGGAGGAUCCCUGAUCAACGAUCGGUAUGUCCUGACGGCGGCACACUGUGUGUUUGGUAGCGAUCGGUCGCUUUUCCGUGUGAAGUUGCUGAUGCACGAUCGCACCGUACCCAAGGAGGAUUCAUUCGAGCGGAAGGUGUCCUACAUAAUGACCAACUGGUUCUUGAACGUGCUUGUGUUCAUUACCAACGACGUUGCGCUACUGAAACUGAGUGAACCGGUUCCUCUUGGCGAAACGAUAGUACCAGUAUGCUUGCCACCGGAAGGCAAUACGUACGCAGGACAGGAGGGUAUCGUGACUGGAUGGGGCAAGCUUGGCGAUGGGACGUUCCCUAUGCGCCUGCAGGAAGUGCACGUCCCGAUUCUGGCCAAUGAAGAGUGCCACAACCAAACACAAUACUUCCGGUUCCAGAUCAACGAUCGCAUGAUGUGUGCUGGGAUUCCCGAGGGCGGCAAAGAUUCCUGUCAAGGCGAUAGUGGAGGUCCAAUGCAUGUGUUUGAUGCCGAAGCAAACCGGUUCGUGAUUGCGGGCGUCGUUUCAUGGGGCUUCGGAUGUGCACAGCCCCGAUUUCCGGGCAUAUAUGCGCGAGUGAACCGAUUCAUUUCCUGGAUUAACUUCAAUACCAGAGACGCGUGUACGUGCAAGUGA